AAAUAGAUUACUAGAGGCCAUGUGAUCAUUAAACUGUCGUACUGCAAUUUUUUCAAGAAUGUGUGAAAUAAAUGGGAAAUUUGACAGCGACCGGCCUGUAAUUGCAAAGAUUCUCAGGGUCGAGGUUGGGUCUUUUGAGUAAGGGUCGAACAACGGCUGUCUUGAAAGCCGCAGGUACAGCGCUGGAGGAGAGUGAGAUUGAGGGUCCUAAGAUUAAUAACAGAGUUUCCCAGAAAGAGGGUCUAGCAACCACGUAGUCUGUUUUGUGAGUCAGUUCAAUACAAAAGCUGUAUACAGAAUAUUCCAUUUUGAUUGACACCGUCAUUUAACAAUAUGUUAAUUAUUAUUAUGGUUGUAGUUUGCAAUGGUGUAGAACUGGAUGACAUAACUGCCUCACAUUCUAGCCACACGCUUAGUCCGUAAACAAACAGUGCAACUCAGCUUCUGGCAAGCAGAUGUUAUAGCUAGCCAGAUGUUUGAAAGAAAGCUACAAAUGUAACUUUAAAGAGCUACUCCCGGGCUCUUCAAAUGUCAACCUGAAAAAAAAAAAAGGCAUCUUCUCGGAAGUGUUUGCUGUUAUUUGGGCUCGCAAACAGGCGCUGGGGCCGUCCAAUUCGCCACCACCUCGCUCCGUACGCCAUGCGUGGUCAUACACAGCAGCGACACUUCAGGGAUAGUUAACUGUUAGUUACGUUCGCUAAGUGUGUGGGUCAACAUAAUAGAGAUCCUUCAGGAAAGCUAACUGUUUGUUAAACACAGCGGCACACGUUAUUCAGCCUGUGGCAUGACUGUCUUGAAGUGACAGGUGAUGGUCGAGUGGGGAAUGUUUUCAGUAUAUUCGAAUUUUGGAGCCUCAUUUUAAAGUACUUGGGUUUUUUUUUAUUCAUUCAAAUUUGACAGGCUUGUUAACAACACUCUUCUCUGUGGUGUGUCAAAUUACUAAGCCAUUUUUAUUUUCACUUUACAGCAUAACUGCGGAAUGUUACAGUGGUUUAGCAUAAGGUUGCAAUUGUUUAGAAUCUUAAAUAUAGUUUUUAAAAAUAAAAUUAGAAAUCUUGUUUUUUGAUGAACACUUAGGCCUACUAUGCUCUUGUAUUUUAUUAUAUACCAUUAACUGUUGUACCUAUUUUUUGGGGUGGUACUCGGUGUAAAAAGCUUUAGGAACACUGAUCUAUCUGAUCUCUCCAGAUUGUGAAGUGUACCAAAUGAAAUUUCCUGUUGCUCCGUAUGCAUGCUCUACAGUGGUGCCUUGAAAUACGAGUGACCUGAAUUGCAAGUUUUUCUAGAUAUGAGCAAUCGUUCGCCCGAUUUAUUUAUGUAUAUAUUUGGAUUUAUUAUGACUUGUGAGCAAAAAAUUGAGAUAUAAGUACUGUAUGUAGAGAACUCAACCCAGCUCACUUCACAACAAGGAGCAGUUUGGCAGAUAGUGACCAAUUCUUCAUAAAGAGGCUUCAAAAUGUUGGUAUUGCUGCUCCCAGUUGAAGUUUACUGUCAAACUAUACAUAAAACAAGCAAAUAAGUUGGACUGGAAAACGUCAUUGACAUGCUAAUGAAUAGCAUCGUCGUUGCGGUGGUAUAAUGCUCAGCAACAGAUAUUUCAACACAACUGGUGGAGUAACACAUGUAGACACGUCUAAUACUACUGUGGCUUACUGAGCAAUUGUGACAGUCUCCUGCAUGCAUAUCCGUACCUCUAUAUUAUACUGCCCCAGGUCGCCAAGGUGCAGACAUCAGAAGGAGCAGCACAAUGUCCAUUGAAUAAAACAAAACAUCCAAAACUGUUUAAUUUCUCUGCAUUCUAUUUGAAUUACAUCAUUACUCUACGUUUGAAUACAAUACAAUAAUACACUGCCAUUUCUCUUAUUAAGAAACCAUUAUAAACAUCUUUAUUGUUUUGGGGGGCUCUAAUGGAUGAAUGUCAUUUUCAUUCAUUUCAAUGGCGAAAGAUGAUUCCGAGUACGGACGGAACCAAUUGAACUCUUAUCUCAAGGCACCACUAUAGUUGAGUUAUGUUUCCAAGUAGGAGCUCAAAAGAUACAUAAUUAAUGCUUGUCUACUAUCUUUAACUACUGUUCGUUCUGACUCCUUCAACAUUUGCUUUUGCCCAAGCUGCGCGCUCAUCAUCACUGCGUCAAGCCUCCUACAUACGCCGGCAUAUGAGGAGGAGCCCAGUCAAGUCUCAAAUGGUGCAGCAGCACUGGGCCCACAUCACUCCCCUCCAGAUAUCAGAACACUCAACGUCACGCUGGUCCCGGUGCUUUCUGCAAAGACGCUGUCUUGUAAGGCGAGACAGUGUGCCGACGGGGAGGGAGGGGGGGAGGGGGGGGGAUAUGAAUUUUGAAAUGUACAUUUUCUGGAUGUUGGUGUUUGUCAACUUACAUCGAUAAACACGCCGAGGAGACGCACUUUUCACGUGGAUUUCUACCGGAGCAAUGGAGUUUUCCAACAGUUCCCAGAACAACAUCUUUAUGCACCAUGACUACUUGGAUGACUUCCUGCAAGACAAUGAGACCAACUCCAGCGGCGCAGAACCCACCUCCGCAGGCUGCUUCCAGCUGCAGAUCCCACAGGAGCUCUUCCUGUCACUGGGCCUCAUCAGCCUGGUGGAGAAUAUCCUGGUCAUAGUGGCCAUAAUCAAGAACCGAAAUCUUCACUCGCCCAUGUACUACUUCAUCUGCUGUCUGGCCUUCUCCGACAUGCUGGUGAGCGUCAGCAACGUGGUGGAGACUGUUGUCAUGCUACUGCACGACCACGGCCUGCUGGACGUGCAACCGGGCAUGCUGCGCCACCUGGACAACGUGAUCGACGUGAUGAUCUGCAGUUCGGUGGUGUCGUCGCUCUCCUUCCUGAGCACCAUCGCGGCGGACCGCUACAUCACCAUCUUCUACGCGUUGCGCUACCACAGCAUCAUGACCACGCAGCGCGCCGUGGGCAUCAUCGCGGCGGUGUGGCUGGCCAGCAUCACCUCCAGCAUCUUCUUCAUCGUCUACCACACGGACAACGCCGUCAUCGUGUGCCUGGUGACCUUCUUCUGCUCCAGCCUGGUCUUCAAUGCUGUGCUCUACCUGCACAUGUUCCUGCUGGCGCACAUACACUCGCGCAGCAUCACCGUCAACUUCCGCAAGAAGCGGCGCCCGUCCACCAGCAUGAAGGGCGCCAUCACGCUCACCAUCCUGCUCGGCGUCUUCAUCGUAUGCUGGGGACCCUUCUUCCUGCACCUCAUUCUCAUCCUCACCUGCCCCACCAGCCCCUUCUGCAACUGCUUUUUCCGGAACUUUAACCUCUUCCUCAUCUUGAUCAUCUGUAACUCGCUUAUAGACCCUCUCAUCUACGCCUACAGGAGCCAGGAGCUGCGCAAAACUCUACAGGAGCUGCUCCUGUGCAGCUGGUUCUUGGGUGUGUGACUCAUAUCGUGGAACCAGGAACAACGGCACAGCCACUGUUCCACCAAGUGGUGUAAGUUCAUUUCAGUUCGGAACGAGAAACUCUGAUCUGGCUCAGGAGCGAUAGCAGGUGUCUCUGCUACAUACUUACACUCAAAAAGUAAACUGUUGACUUUAUGUCAACCUGUUCAAUGCAACAAUGCCGCACAAAAACUGAACUUACACUGUAUUUUACCUUUAACUCACACAAUGUAUGUUUCUGGGACAAAAAUAUUCAGUCGUUUUUUUUUUUUUUUAAUUGUGACAUCAAGGUGACAGACUUGAACUCACCAAUGAAUUCAACUAAGAUGGACUCUGUUUACAAUGAAUUUAAGCAGUUUCUAGUCCUGCCUCUCUCAUACUACACUGUAUAAUUUUUUUUAAUGCUUAUUUUUUUCUUUUCGAUCUACUGUAUUAUAACCACAGGAGUAAUAAUUCUCUGUCACCCAGUCAAUGAGCAGCAGUGUGUUAAGAUGACUCCAUGCUGAGAUACCUUACAAUGCAACUGCUACCACAACAAACGGGUACAAUAAUAAUAAUAACAAGAAGAAUAAUAAUAAUAAAUAAGUAAAAUACUGUAUGUAAAUGAAAAAAAAAACUCAACUGAAUGCUAACCCCAAAAGUAGUGAGUUAGAAACCGGUUCCAUGGUGUUCUUUUAGUUGGUCACGAAAAUAGCAUUAGCUUAUUUAGGGAUUUUUAUUUAUUUUUUUUUCUGACAAAAUUCAAUUUUGUGGACUAACUGGCAUCAAAUAUUCCUUACAAGUAGUCUUUUAUUCCUUGAUCUGAAUGACAAGCUUCUCUUUUUUGUGUGCGUGUUGUUAGAGACUCAACUGUGACUGUUAAAGUGAUGCACGUGAAGAACAGAGCCUGGUAUGUCCGGCAAUCUAUUAAAUGCAUGUCUUUGUGGAUUUGAAAGUCAUUUCCACGCACAUGUCCAGGCACUGCGACUCACAGCACAUGACUCUCAACUUUCAUAUUUUGUUGGAUGGAAUUUCCUCAACUAAACUUUGCUUAUAAAGUGAUCCAAAUUGCUCCAAAAAAAAAAGAAAAGUUGAACUGGAAUUAAGAGCAAUUAUGUUGGGAAAGAACAUAUUGUACUGCAAUACCUGAUAGACUUACGAAGCGAGAUUUAGCCAGCCGCCACCAGGCCAUACCAAGAUAAGUAUAUAUAUUGUUUUACAAUAAUACUUAGCUAUUUUUAAAUUCAUAUGUACCCGUGGCUGAAAAAAGCGAAGCAUGGAGUCUAAUGGGGGAAGUUCCCUCUCUGGUGCAGAAGUUCAAUGAAAAGAGCCAACAGCCUCUCCAGUAUCCACACGCUCUCCUUUAUUCUUGCCCGUUUCUUUUAUAGUAUUAUAAUACAGCUAUUAAUGCGCUUUUUCCUUGACGAUUUAAUAAAAUAACACGUGGAGCCUCAAAACAGGAAAUAGGGACACAGGAGUCACAGAUUUUCUUUUGCAGCAAGUUGGUAUACUGUACAUGCUGUAUGUAGAAAGUGCCAUAAAAACUCAAAGUACUCCUCAAAUAAAGUUCCUCCAAAUGUAGUAAUAUGUUUAAUAAAAAAUGUGUUUGGCAUUUGAGGUAGGUAUUUUGACUCUAAGUGAUGUUCAUAAGUCCAUGUCCCCGGAUAAAGUGUUUUUUGAUUUGUUAUUUGAAGCUAUAAACACCGUCAGAACUCCUCAAGCUUUUAUUUUGGUAUGUCCAGUUAGCCUAGUUUGAAACUGUAUGUUAGCCAAAUAUCUAAUUUACCCGAAACAAUUAAAUCCAACAUUUUACAUUUAGGUGUAACAUUUAAUAUUUGUAUUUGACUAAUACUCUGUAUCUCUAAGUUGACAAAUAUUGUUGAAAAUGUGCAAAAAAAAAAAGACUUAAAAAAAUGUUUAAAAAAAGUGUUUUUAAACAUUGUUUGACGCUAAAUGUAACAAAAUGUUUAUUUUCAGCCGCUUUACAAAUGGCACGCCAUGUAAAAAUACAAAUAUUAAAAAAAAAAAGAUAAAAUGUAUGUACGGUUCUUCAUAAAUGGGACUCUUUUAGAUUACAUUGAUUUCACUUUUUGCUUUUCUUUCCCUUUAAAAUAAGAUAAAAAUGAUGUUAUGAAUUUAGAUGUAUUUAUUGGAAUGACUAAUUCAUUUAACGCCGCAAAUAAAACUCCUUGUAUUUUGCUGUAUUUAAAUUUCAUAUUGUAUAUAGGCAAUUUCAUUUAUUGAUGAAUAUUUAAAAUUAGAAAUCAUGAAAAUAAAUGAAAUUAUACAUUUUCUCAAAUCAUCCCAUUUUUAAGUGACAAAAAAUAAAAAAAAGUUGACACCAUUUUCUAGUUGGAUUUAUUGAUGAUGGAUAUUUUUUAAUAUGCACAUUUACGAACCACAAACAUUUCUAUGAAAAAAGGUGAAAAGAAGAAAUUAAUGUACAUUUGUCCAGAGAAGAGUUAUAUACAUACACAUUACAUUUCUUUGCAUGAAAUUCGGCGGAUUUAUUUUCUUACUUAUGAUUGAAGAUUGAUUUUUCAUCCAAGCUUUUAAUGUGACUGCUUUCAGCGCUUUUCCUCCAAAGGAAAAAAACCCCCCACAAAUUAGCCUUGAGUUUUUGAAAUUUGCCCUCCCUUAUGUGGGUGUGCUUACUCUUAACAUGGACAUUUGAAGUCCAUAUACUGUAAAGUUCUGAAAGCAUUUGCCAAGACUGAGAACUAUGUAAUACUGAAUUAUGGAGGGACGCACUAGCUGGGCGACCAGUCGGCAGUCACAUUACAGUAUAUCCCCACCAAUGUGUGUAAAUUUGCUUGAGUGCUUAUUUUAUGAUUACAUUCCACAGUAAUUAUUCAGUUUUGAAGGCGAGCCUCUAACAUGUGCAUGUAAACACUGCUACCUACAAUAGUGUUAUUUGAUCAAGAGCUGACAGUUGAGUGGGGCGUUCUUUCAGCUGACACGCCCACAGCAUUUGAGAGUGGAGACAAAGGUUUGAUCUUUCACCAUUUUAAAGCCUCAUUUUAUACACCGCGGACCCCCAUUAUACUUGCAUUGGAAUUGUUGAAUGAGCGUGGAUUUAUUUUUAAACAUCCACGGAGAGGUGAAACUGCAGGUGCCGAACCGCGUGUAUGCUGAGUUCCGCUGUAUUUUGGGAUUUUUUUUGUUUUUUUUGUUAAAUCAUUCAUAUUUAGCACUCUUCUCUGUGCUGUGUCAAAAUUACAAGACAUGAUUUUUUUUUUUUUUUUGCUUUACAGUGUCUUUAAAGCACUGCUAUGACUACUGGAAAAACACUUGCAACUGUAUUUGCUGCUGAGUAUUUACUGCGUGUGAUGUAUCUGAAAUUUGUUUGAGACAUUUUGUCAUCGAUUGUCUUUCAAGUCAUGUAAGUGACUUUAUUUAAUUAAGGUUACUGUUAUGUAAACCUGGCGCUACAAAUGUGUGGAAGCUGGAGCUACAAUUAUGAAUAAUGUAAAUAUCCCAUAGAUGUUAUAUUGUUGUCAUGUAACCCUGUGUAAAAUAUAAUCAUUAACAUGUUUUCAUUGUCUC